GGGGAGGGACUCCCCGACGACAAGUCUGAGGCGCUGCUGUGCCUCUUACUAGGCUGCACCAGUGCACUAUUUUAUUCCUUAAAACUCGAUUCAGUGCUUGGGUUUUUUUUUUGCGUAAGAGUCACGCUACGACGCGUCGCGCUUUUUUAGGUUUUGGUCUAAAAGCCCAUUUGACUCGACUCAGCCUGGCCCGGCCUGGCCUGCGUGCUGUGCGUGUGCAGAGGAGAAGCUUCUAGCGCAGGCUAAUGGCACUCGACCCAAUCACUGCCACAAGCACACGUCAAGUUGGUCGUGAACUUUGUCACGUUUCGGAAUCAUGUCCUGCUUGUUGUUGGUGAGAAACGGCAGGAGAGCAAUAUCGGUAAUCUGCGGGGGGCGCAGAGGCACCGACACACUUUCAAGAGUUCAUCCGGUUGCAAAGCGGUUCAUCAUAGAUAUGUCCUACUCAGCGCACUUCAUGGAUUUUAAAGGAUCCUCCAUACCGAGCGGUAUGAAAAAGCUAGUCGUAACCAAGCUUAGUCCUAAUUUCAGAGAGGCCGUUUCUACGCAAACCGUUGCCGUUCCGACACCCGGAGACGCGGACUUGCUCCUCAGAAAUCGUUUUGUGGGAAUCAACGCCUCAGACAUUAAUUACUCAGCAGGCCGUUACGACCCUUCGGUGAAGCCUCCCUUUGAUGCAGGUUUUGAGGGCAUUGGGGAGGUUGUCGGCCUUGGCCUUAGCGCAAGCUCCCGUUACGCCAUCGGGGAUACCGUGGCCUACUUCGGCAGUGGCGCAUUUGCAGAGUACACGGUGGUCCCAGCCAAGGAAACUGUGCCUGUUCCUGCGGUGAAGCCAGAGUUCCUCACCCUUUUGGUCAGCGGUGCCACGGCCUACAUUGCCUUAAAACGUCUGGGUGACCUGGCCAAAGGUGAGACUGUCCUGGUCACAGCGGCUGCAGGAGGAACGGGACAGUUUGCUGUGCAGUUUGCCAAACAGGCUGGUUGCCAUGUAAUUGGGACCUGCUCGUCCAAUGAGAAAGCUGGUUUCCUCAAAUCCAUCGGCUGUGACAGGCCAAUCAACUACACCACUGAAGAUCUGGCUAAGACCCUGAGGAAAGAGUAUCCACAAGGCAUAGACGUGGUCUAUGAGUCAGUUGGAGGGAGUGUUUUAGAGCUUGCAGUAAACACUCUGGCCAAUAAAGGCCGGCUGAUAGUGAUUGGCUUCAUCUCAGGGUACCAGAGCACUUCAGGGAUCCCACCCUUUAGAGGAGGAACACUACCAGCCAAGCUGCUCCAGAAGUCGGCCAGCAUUCGGGGUUUCUUCUUGCCCCACUUCUUAAGUGACUACAGGGAGGCUCUGAGUAGCAUGAUGCAGAUGUUUGCCAAAGGGAAGCUAGUGUGUGAGGUGGAUUGCGGGGAUUUGGCAGAGGAAGGGAGGUUUGUAGGCUUGGAUUCAGUUUUUCGGGCUGUGGACUACAUGUAUGCGGGGAGAAACCUGGGCAAAGUCGUGGUGGAAGUGGCACCACCCUCUGUUAGUAAUAGCAAGCUGUGAUUUAACUGAUUGUUGAUGCACUAAAUAAAUCGUCCUUGAGAUCAAAUUGAGAUUGAGAUUAAAGCUGGAACCUCUAUAUGGGUUAAUGAAGGAUUUAAUACCAGGGAUAGGAUCUUUAUUUUUGUAAAAUGAUGGAUAAUUUAACCCAAUAACUAAAUAUACUGCCAUGAAUAAAUAUACUUAGCAACUUUGGAAAGUGAAUU